AUGGUCAGCCUAGAAGAGGAACCCUCAGAGAUAGAGAACCCCCAGUCCUUUGAACUUGAUAGGUUCAAUUUUGAGCUCAUUGCCGCCAAUGGAGUAGUAGAUGAAGAGCUACAAAUAAACGUUCCACCUUGUUCAUCUUUAAUGACAAUAACAGGAGAUCUAUUUGACUGUGUUGAUAUGUACAAACAACCAGCAUUUGACCAUCCUUUGUUGAAAAAUCAUACUCUUCAGUUAAAGCCAAGUAGUCUUCCAAAGGGAAUGAAGCUUGGAAAAUCUAAACCAACUUCUUUUUAUGGAUUCAAUGAUACUUGUCCUUCUGGCACUGUUCUCGUCCACCGUGCUCGGAAACAAGAUUUAACUAAGUCUCAACUUUUGAGAAAUCAAUUUAGAGCACAAGCCAUAGCUAACGUCCCAAUCCCAAAUCGGAAUCACUUCGCAAUAAUUGAAAAUAUAUAUGGUCCAUUUUAUGGAGCGUACGCAAAAAUGGCAACUUAUAAGCUUCCAGAUCUAAAAGCUGAUCAAACAUCAUCUAGCACUAUAUAUCUUCUUGGUGAUACACAUGUUCCAAACAAUGAAAUCAAUGUGAUCGAGGCCGGUUGGCAGGUUUCAACAUCCUUGUAUGAUUCCAGUUAUCCUCGUUUUUUUACUUUUUGGACCAGUGAUGGGUAUGAGAAAACGGGAUGUCCAAAUUUGGACUGCCCUGGUUUUGUCAGCACCACUAAUAUUUAUGGGCCUGGAAGUUUUAUUCCUGAAUUUUCCACUUACGGUGGCGAACAGAAAUAUUUAUCCAUACUAAUCGCUAGGGAUUCUCAAACAGGGAAUUGGUGGGUUACUUAUAAUGAUGAAUUACCUCUUGGGUAUUUCCCUAAGGAAUUGCUUCCUAAGAUGCAGGAUCACGCAUACGUUAUUCAAAUGGGUGGGCAUGUUUACUCUCCCUUGAGUGUGCCGAGCCCUCCGAUGGGCAGUGGUCAUCCAAGUAAUGAAGGACGUAAUAAAGCUGCUUAUUUCAUUCAAGUUCAGGUAGUGGAUCGCUGGAAUGAUUUGGUCAAAUUGGAUUCUCAACUUAUUGAGACUAAGUCAGAUAUUAGUGAUUAUUAUAGCGUAGCUGAUGAUCAUGAUACAUUUGGUAAGGAUGUAUAUGUUUUUGCUUAUGGAGGAGCGGGAGGUUUCUAA